AUGGAUUGCAGAGAAACACUGGAUAACGUUACCAGCGAUAACGCUCAUCAACAGCCGGCUACUGGAAUAUGUGAAGGAUGCUCAAAUGGGUCAGUUACGAGCCAUAGCAUCCAAUGGACAUUACUCCGUAUUCGUUUCGGAAAGGAGAGUUCUACAAAGACUAGUUCGAUUCUUGAAGAUCGCACUGAAGAAGGCAACACGGAAUCAGAUUUUGGACAUCUGCCUCUUCGAAACACUCACUAUUGA